CCGAUAUAUCUAUUACAUAACAUAUGACCUCUUAUCUUGUGCAAACAAUCUUUGGUACGUCGAGAAAUUUAAUACUAAAAACUUGUUCACCUAGUGUGGGGAAUGUAUGUUUGAUUUCAUACUUUAAGAAGUAAAAAAAAGAUAUAAAUGGAGUCUCCUGUUGUAACUAUAACCGAAGGAAAACUACGAGGAAAUCAAAGAACAAAUUUGGAUGGAGAAGCGUUCUAUGCGUUCCUAGGCAUACCUUAUGGGAAACCUCCUGUAGGAAACCUCAGAUUUAAGGCACCCGAACCAGCUGAACCAUGGACUGGAAUAAGAGAUGCUACUAAACAAGGUUCCUGCAGUAUUCACUGUAGCGAAAUAACACGAAAAGUUGAUGGUGCUGAGGAUUGUUUGAACCUUAAUGUCUUUUCAAAACAACUGCCUUCAGAAGAUUCCUCGUUGAAGCCAGUUAUGAUAUGGAUUCAUGGAGGCGGUUUCAUUGUAGGAUCGAAUAAUGUCCAGCAUUAUGGUCCAGAACAUUUGAUGCUUGAAGACAUAGUCCUCGUAACAAUAAAUUAUCGAUUGGGAUUUCUAGGUUUUCUUAAAGUAGAUGAUCCUUCAUUAGAAAUACCAAAUAAUGCAGGAAUAUGCGACCAAAGAUUGGCCAUGCAAUGGGUUCAAAAGAAUAUAAAAUACUUUAAUGGAGAUCCUAAUAAUGUAACAAUUUUUGGGGAAAGUGCAGGGGGUAUGAGUGUACACUUCCAUGUUCUAUCACAAGCAUCGAAGGGGCUUUUUCACAAAGCAAUUAUGCAGAGCGGUUGUCUGUUCACUAAAAUAGAAUCACAGAGUAUUGUAGUAAAAAUGGCGCAACUGAUUAAUAAAAAUGCGAAGACGGAACGUGAAGCGUUGGAAGUUCUGAGAAAAGUGCCAGAGGAAAAAUUUUUCGAAUUGCAAACAAAGUUUUUGGAGAAAUUUCCUAGAAAUAAACCUUUUCUCGUUUGGGAGGAAUCAAGCUUUACACAAACUAUACCAGUGGAACAAAAAAUAUUGUCCGAACAAUAUAAUAAAGUUCCUUUGCUAGCAGGAUUCACAAAUAAUGAAGGAAUACUUGAAGAUAUUUUAUAUACAACUAAUGUUAUCGGUUCUGGCUGGGAAUAUUUCUUCGAAUUCUCACGUUCUGUUGGUUUGAAAGAGGAUCAUCCAAAAAGGCAAAUUAUCCUUGAUAAAUUGAGUAAGUUUUAUUCGCAAGGGAAAUAUGCCAGCGAAAAAUAUAUGUGGACGACCGACUCUUUAUUUAUAAUACCUACGAUAAUUACAUCCAAGCUACAUGCUAAAACAUCGUCGGAACCUGUAUAUCUUUACAACAUGUCUUUGGACGCUGGUCUCAAUUUUUGGAAAAGGCUAUUCGACAAAAAUCAUUAUUCAGGUGCCUCCCAUUGUGAUGAAUUGGGAUAUUUAUUCAACACUGCGAUUGCUGCGCACAAACUACACAAAGGUCAAUUAGAAAUUUCAGCAAUUAGACGCUUUGUUAAACUGUGGACUAAUUUUGCCAAAUAUGGUAACCCUACUCCGACUGGAAAUGAUUUGAACAUCACAUGGAAACCGGUUGAUAAGAAUGAGGUUCAUUACUUGGAUAUUGGAGAGGAACUUGUACCAUGUACUAACCCCAUACCCGAUAGGUUAAAAGUUUGGAACGAGGUUUUAGAGCUUAUUAAUGCAAGCUCAUAAUUUUCAUUUCGAAAAAUGAUUUUUGUAGUCGUAAAUAUACUUAUGCAUGAAUAAAAUUUGUUAAAAAAAAUUCACAGUU